AUGUACACAUGUUUUCCUAUUUUACACGUUAUUCAAUAUGUGCACAACAAAACGAAGGAGAUUCAUUUGGGCCACUUUUCAAAAUAUUGAAAGCAAUGUGUUAUUUUUCAGUUGUUCACUUUUCCUAACUUCAGUUCUAAGUAGCAAACGUCCUGAGAACUGUGGGGAACAUCCUGAGAAAACACCAGAAGAAACAAAAGACAUAUUAAAAAAUUGGAAAAUCAUCCCAGACGUUAUACCCAAAUCAGCUCCAGGAAUCGUAAAGGUUGCAUAUGGGGAAAGAAUUGUUAAUUUUGGCAAUAAUUUAACAAGGACCGAAACUUGGAAUCCUCCAACUUAUGUACAUUGGGAAACUGAACCGGAAUGCUCUUACUCUUUAAUAAUGGCAGGUAUGUAAAUUAAUAACGAACAAGCAUAUUAUCGUGUGCAAUGCUAAAAAUUGAAUCUCAACAGUAAAUUAAAAUUUUGACAGGGUUAUAGGACAUUUCGUCAACGAUUUUUUGUCCGCACACCUGUUUU